CCUCACUGUGGAGUAGAACCUUGGGCAAAUAUGCAGGCAGAAUCCAGGCGGAAUAACAGGAGGGAGCAACAUUCAGCGACACUGGCCAUGGACCAGCCAGCCGGCCUGCAGGUGGACUAUGUCUUCCGGGGUGUGGAGCAUGCCGUGCGGGUGGUGGUGUCUGGGCAGGUGCUGGAGCUGGAGGUGGAGGACCGGAUGACGGCUGACCAGUGGCGGGGCGAGUUCGAUGCCAGCUUCAUCGAAGAUCUGACUCACAAGACAGGGAACUUCAAACAGUUCAACAUCUUCUGUAACAUGCUGGAGUCGGCUCUCACCCAGAGCAGUGAGUCGGUCACCCUUGACCUGCUGACCUACACAGACCUGGAGUCCCUGCGGAAUCGCAAGAUGGGGGGCCGCCCAGGCCCUUUGGCCUCAAGAUCAGCCCAGCUCAACUCCAAGCGCUACCUGAUCCUCAUCUACUCUGUGGAGUUUGACAGGAUUCACUACCCGCUGCCCCUCCCGUACCAGGGCAAGCCGGACCCUGUGGUCCUGCAGGGCAUCAUCCGCUCACUGAAGGAGGAGCUGGGCCGCCUUCGAGGGCUGGACGGCCAGGAUGCUCGGGACACCCGGGAGACUGAGAUCUGGCACCUGAGGGAACAGGUUUCACGCCUGGCAUCGGAGAAGCGCGAGCUGGAGGCCCAGCUGGGCCGAUCUCGAGAGGAGGCUCUGGCCGGGAGGGCGGCGCGCCAGGAGGCUGAGGCGCUGCGUGGGCUCGUCCGCGGCCUGGAGCUGGAGCUUCGGCAAGAGCGGGGCCUCGGACACCGCGGGGUCGGCCGCCGCAGCCAGGAUUGCCGGCGCCUGGCCAAGGAGCUGGAGGAGGUGAAGGCGUCGGAGCGUAGCCUGCGCGCCCGGCUGAGGACGGUGAACAGCGAGCUGGCGGUGUACAAGAGGGGGAGACAGACUCCGCCGGUGGUGCCGCCCCGGGUGCGGGAGGAUCGGGCUUCGUCGUCGCGGGAGCGCUCCACAUCUCGUGGUCGCGGUGCCGCCCGCUCUUCUUCCCGGGAGAGCGGUCGGGGGAGCCGGGGUCGAGGCCGCCCCGUCCGCCCCUCGCCUUCACCCACAGGUGGUCGCGUGCCCCGUUUCGACCCCACGGCCUUUGUGAAAGCCAAGGAGAAGAAGCAGAGAGAGAUCAAGAUGAAGCAGCAGCAGCAGAGGAACCGACGGGGCAGCGGAGGAAGCGGCGACGGGCCGUCCGUCUCCUGGUCGCGCCAGACUCGGCCGCCCGCCGCCGUGACCGGCCGAGGGGACGCGGCCAACCGCUCGCGACACCGCAGCUCCUCGGUGGACAGUCUCCGCAGCCGCUGCUCGUCCGCCAGCUCCUGCAGCGAGUUGGAGGAUUUCUCUGAAUCCCUCCCUAGAGGCGUCCGCCGCGGGAAGCCUCCCAGCCCCACAACCUGGAGUGGGUCCAAUACGCAAAAGUCCACCCCUCUGGAUCGCGGCCGCCGUCAGAGACGCCCGGCUAAUUCGGGGGGCUGGGUCCCUAUCAAAGAGUACAGCUCGGACCACCAGGCAGCGGACAUGGCGGAAAUAGACGCCCGCCUGAAGGCCUUGCAGGAAUACAUGAACCGUCUGGACACAAGGUCGUGACCUUGGGCAGGGAGUACUGUCCCUCCACCACCCCACGCGCACUGCUGGAUUCGGUGUGGAGGGGCGGGGCUGGCGGGUCCUUCCGGCCAGGCUCAGGCUCCUCCCCUGCUGGUGCUCCUGGGGUCUCCCGUGUGUGUAAGGCCCUGACCCCUCCCUCUCUCCCAUGCAUUGCAGGCUGGGGGGCGGAGGGAGGGGGUGUGCAUUUUGUAAAUAAACAUACUUGUCCUUGGGA